AUGAGUUCUCCCGCCAAGGGUCGACGCGGCGGGGCCCGCGGUCAAGGCCAGUCUCGUGACGUCCAGGUGUCGAAGGCGCUGAGCUUACUUUUGCGACAUGCGGCUGAGAAGGAGGGCGUGAAGAUGAAUGCGCAAGGCUAUGCGAAUGUUGCAGAUGUGCUUCAAUGGCGGAAACUCAAAUCCAUUCAGGCUACCUUUAACGAGAUCAAGCACGCUGUUGACUCUUCUGACAAGAAGCGGUUCGCCCUCCUCCAUAUCCCCUCUGCGCAACCGAGACCUGCUACCGUCAAGGCUACAACAACGCCGACCACCAUCCCCGGGUCCACUGAGCCAGCAGACGGAGAGCUCGCCGCGGGCGGCGACCAGCCAGCUACUGCCGUGGUUGAAGCGCCAUCCACAGACGACGACCAAACCAAUGCGACACAGCAGGCUUUAGCCUCGGUCGAUGAGGACCCCUCCCACUACAUGAUCCGAGCAACACAGGGUCACACGAUUCAAAGUGUCGAUGCGGCAUCAUUCCUCGAGCCCCUUACCUUAUCAGAUACCUCCAAGCUUCCGGAUACGGUAGUGCACGGCACCUUCCAUGGUGCAUGGCCGAUGAUUCUACAAUCUGGUGGAUUGCGGGCGAUGGGCCGACAUCACGUCCACUUUGCGACGGGGCCUUCUCUCGAAAGUGUCGUAGCGGCCUCGGGGGAGUCUACGACAGAGAAGGGAGACACCAAGCAGGAGAAGCAGGUGAUUUCGGGAAUGCGACGAGAUGCGCAAGUCUUGAUCUACCUGGAUAUCAAAAAGGCACUUGCCGCGGGUUGUCCCUUCUGGCGGAGCGAGAAUGGGGUGAUUCUCAGUGAGGGCCUCCCCGUUUCCAAUGCACAAAUCGAUGGUGAAGGGAAUACAGAGAAGGUCGUUUCGAGUGAGUUUUUCGAUGUGGUUGUGGAGCGAAAGGCGGGACUUGGUAAGAUCUGGGAACGGGGAGCCGUGAUCAAGGCGCUUCCUGAAACCCUGACGAAGAAGGGCACCCCCAAGAAUCGACGGUGA